AUGAUCAAGUCAGUGUGCAUCGUCCUCGCAGUCGCAGCUAUGGCGUCGGCCGGCGUACUGCCAGCCGCCCCGUUGCUAGCUGCCCCAGCACCGCUAGCUGCACUUCCAGCACCGAUUAUAACCGCCAGAAGCAGUCAAGUUGUCGCCAGAAAUUAUAACACCCUGGCUGCCGCGCCCCUCGCAGCUGCACCGCUGAUCCAUGCGCCCGCCGCUGCACCGCUGAUCCACGCGCCCGCUGCACCGUACACGCUCGCCGCUGCACCGUACGCUUACGCCGCUGCACCAGCCGCAGCGUCGCUGCCCUACGCUCCACUCACAUACGCGUCGCCAUACGCGGCUCCAUACGUUCUCCCUUAA